ACGCCUCCUUUGCCGUUACCUAUCCUCUUCAAUGACUAUUAUUUCUACAUUCAUGUACGCAUACUUAUUGCUAUAUUUGUUCUUCUCUUUUUGUUUCAACUAAUCCUUCUCAUUCAUUCACUUAUCCUUUUCAUCAUCCUACACGACGAUGGGUAUUCUAUCCAAAGCAAGCCUGCUCUUGUUGUGCAUUUGGUUUCUUCUCUUAUCGACCGCGUAUUCGGGUCCUAAUGACCGAUUAGUAAGAGUUGGACUUAAGAAGAGGAAAAUUGACAAACUGAAUCAACUUGGACAUGCUGGAUCUAACGAAGGCGGUGCUAGAAGAAAUCAUGGUUUUCACGGUAAUUUUGGGAGUUCUGAUGGUGAUGCUAUUGCUUUAAGUAAUUACAUGGAUGCUCAGUAUUAUGGUGAGAUUGGUAUUGGUACUCCACCUCAAAAGUUCACUGUUGUUUUUGACACGGGUAGUUCUAAUCUUUGGGUGCCUUCCGCAAAGUGCUAUUUCUCGGUAGCUUGCCUUCUUCACUCAAAGUAUAAGUCUAGCCAGUCAAGUUCUUAUAAGAAAAAUGGGAAAUCUGCUGCAAUUCAAUAUGGAACCGGCUCCAUCUCCGGUUUCUUUAGCCAAGACGUUAUCAAGCUUGGCGAUCUUCUUGUGAAAGAGCAAGAUUUUAUAGAGGCAACCAAAGAGCCCGGUAUCACUUUCUUAGCAGCCAAGUUCGACGGUAUACUUGGCCUCGGGUUUCAAGAAAUCUCCGUUGGGGGUGCCGUUCCUGUUUGGUACAACAUGGUGAAACAAGGCCUUGUUGACGAACCUGUGUUUUCGUUUUGGCUUAAUCGCAAUGUCCAUGGCGAUGAAGGGGGUGAACUUGUGUUUGGUGGGGUUGACACUAAUCAUUUCAAGGGUAAACACACAUAUGUCCCUGUAACUCAGAAAGGCUAUUGGCAGUUUGAAAUGGGUGAUGUCCUGAUUGAUGAUAACCCAACCGGAUUUUGCGCCAAGGGCUGUGCAGCAAUUGCUGAUUCCGGAACCUCUUUGUUGGCUGGUCCAACGGCUGUUAUUACUAAAAUCAAUCAAGCGAUUGGUGCUGCGGGUAUUAUGAGCCAGCAAUGCAAGUCAUUUAUCAACCAGCAUGGAAAAACUAUAAUUGAUAUGCUACUUUCUGAGACACGACCUGAAAAAAUCUGCUCGCAAAUGAAGUUAUGCGCGUUUGAUGGUUCACAUGAUACAAGCAUGAUAAUUGAGAGUGUGGUCGACAAGAAUAAUAGAAAAUCAUCUCGUGUACAUGAUGAGAUAUGUAGUCUCUGCGAGACGACUGUUGUUUGGGUGGAAAACAAACUAAAGCGAAAUGAAACCGAAGAAGAAAUUAUUAAUCAUGCUGAUCAGCUGUGUGAACGGCUGCUGAGUCCAAUGGGACAAUCUGCAGUCGAUUGCAACAGUCUUUCAUCGAUGCCCCAUGUCGCUUUUACCAUUGGUUGUAAAACUUUUAACCUUUCCCCUCAAGAGUAUAUCCUGAAAAUUGGUGAGGGAGCAAAAGCACAAUGCAUAAGUGGAUUUACUGCUCUUGAUGUGGCUCCUCCUCGUGGGCCUCUAUGGAUCUUGGGAGAUAUUUUUAUGGGUAAAUACCAUACAGUGUUCGACUAUGGUAAAUCACGAGUCGGAUUUGCAGAAGCAGUUUAAGACCAUCAUGAAUGAUCCAGCAUUGUGUAAAUGUUGCAGUAAAUAAAUAUAUAAUAUAUCAUUUGUGGAACAAAUACUUGGUUUUAACUUUAAACCAUAGUGUCUUAUGUCUAUAUAACAUGUUUGAUAUCGACA